UAUAAUAUAAAAGGUCUAUCACCACAUAUAUCAGUGCUGUGAGUUCCCGAUAGGGUGCUGUGACGGAGAGACUCUCAAAGCUACGUGUUGUACAAGAUUUUAAUAUUAGUUCUUCACGCGAGAAAUAUAUUGAUAUAGACCAUGACCAACCCUAAGAUACUAGUCACUGGCGCGUCAGGCUACGUCGGAGGUACUGUUCUUUCACAAUUCCUUAGCUCGUCUAUUGCCGAAAUCAAGAACGCGUCUUAUUCCGUUCUUGUCCGAAAACAAGAACAAGCAGAUCAAUACGCGUCGCAGGGUAUCACUGCCCACCUAGCAGGCUUAGAAGACCAAGCUGCCGUCCGACAGCUAGCAAGCCAAUUUGACAUCAUCGUCCACGCCGCCGACUCGACAAACGUCGCUGCUGCUGAAGCACUGAUUUAUGGUCUUCGCGAUGGUGCGCAAAAGAGUGCCAAAAUCACGAAACCGUGUCUCAUUCACUUGAGUGGCGUCUCUAGCCUAGGAGAUCGACCUGUCUCGAAGCCAUCUACUAUCAUCUCCCACGAAUUCUCGGAUAAGCGCGAUGACAUCUACAGCUAUAUGAAAUGGAGGGAGAGUCUCAAGCCUUAUACCCAACGCACGACAGACCUAGCGGUGAUUGAUGCUGGCGAGAAGGCCGACGUACAGACGUAUGUAAUCAAGGCACCCCGCAUCUACGGUCGCGGCACAGGAAUGUUUAAUCGGAAAUCCGUGCAUAUUCCAGUGCUUAUAAGCGGCGCUAUCGCGGCAGGGCGGCCGGAGUAUAUCGCAGAUGGUGCUGGCGUCUGGGAUGAUGUACACAUCCUGGAUCUCGCCAACUUCUACGAACUGCUCCUUGGGAAAAUCUUGAAGAACGAGUCUAUCCCCACAGGGACCAAGCCAUUCUUUUUCGUUCAAUCCAUUAGGCAUUCAUGGAAGGAGCUAGCUGAAGGGUUGGCCAAGGCCGGUGUGAAGAGCGGCGCAUUGAAAGCGGAGGAAACGUGUUCAAUCGGACUGUCGGAAGCGACUGAGAAGUAUGGUAGUGGAGACACUGGUUUGACGGAAGUCGCAUUUGCAUCAAGCUCGGUUACCAAAGCUGAUCUAGCUCUUGAAAUGGGGUGGACUUCGCAGAAGACCGAAGCGGAUUUUCAGCAAAGCCUCCUAGAUGACUUCAAGGCAGCCACUUCGUGCUAAUUAGGCUCAUCUGAUGGUGUUAACAAUAAUUCAGUAUUUGAAAACAUUCAAAAUUGCAGGCCUUACUAUAUAAGACUACAUAAGAAAAGCAUUCUUAGAUAGUGCGCUACUGCGGUCUUUAUAAAAUAAAGUAUACUACAAGGCCAUCAUUGUAUCUAUCAAGUAUGUUUUUCAAGUGAAGUGAGAGGCAUAAACGUCCUGUUACCAACAGAUAUAAUAUCUACAACUCCAACCAGGUAACGCUUCUUGCUUCCCUUGCCAACAAUACCAGCACGCUCUCCUCUAUUCUCACGUAAACAAUAAUAUAAAAACAACUCAUUAUGAACUUCAUGUUUUCCUAAUCUAUAUACAAAACCCACACCCCUCACGCCUUCAUCCAUACAACCAUAUCAAGCUAAUUUCCUCUCGUCACUCACGCCUUAAGUCUCACCCCUUUCCUCUCCCUUCAUCUCCACCAUCACGAGAGUUCACUAUCAAGAUAGUUCACCACGAUAGUCCAAAUUACAUCAACCACGCCACAGCUCACUUCACUCACUAUCCACUUCAUUUAAAACACUACCUACUACCUAUGCAUAUAAUAACCAAACCCUUCUAUCCCUUUCCUUUCCAAGUCCAGUUAAUUUUGUUGUUAUCCGUCUGCAGAAGUCGGAUCCAUAUACCACUUAAC